CAAAUUUCAUGUGUACCGCUAAUAAGUAAGCUAAUAAGACUUCCAGUUACAUGUAGGCGACCCGCCUCCCUGUGACGUAACAAUAAAUGAAACAAUCCCUCGGCAACGUGGGUUCGGGCGAGGCGUUCACCGCCGCGUACUACCCAACCCUGCCGCCCGCCCCGCUGCCUCCCCGUGCCGCUGCUCCUUUGUCCGCGGGUCUGUGUUUUGUCAACAAGGGUUCACGGGGAAGUCGCUGAUGUCAGAGACGGCUGACAGCAGGGUGUGAGGGCCGUGGGAUGUGUUGGUGCCGCAGCCGUGUCUGAGAGCUUCGCCGCCGCCCGCCGCGCCUCGCCACACACCGGGCCGCCGCAGGACGCCCCCACACGAGCCAGUCAAGAUGAAGGCUAUCAUAGACAACAUAGAGUGUCAGCGAGACUCCCCAAAAUUUAGGCAAGUCUUAGAAGAAAAUGAAAAGGAUUUGGAUAUUUUGGAAAACAAACUGGAAAAGGUUGUAAAGCAGUGCAAUCAAAUGGUUGCAGCCGGGAAGCAGUAUAAUCAUGAGCAAGAACUGUUGAUUCAUACCCUGUGGGAUUGUGCCGGAUAUUUUAGUGAUGAUUCAUGUGUGCAGUCAUCAAUGAACCGCAUGCUAUCAGCUCUUGGUGAAGCAGCCAAGUAUCAGGUAAUACUUGUUGACCAGGCUGCAAGAGCUGUGACCAAAAACCUUGCAAGCUUCAUUAAAAAUGAGCUGCAGAAAGUGAAGGACUUAAGGCACUACUUUGAGAAGGUGAGCGGGGAAAUGGACAGUGUGUUGCACCGUGCGUCAGGCGUGUCUCGCUCUCGCACACAGGAUAUACAUGACAUAAACAACCUUGUCAUUGCCACACGUAGAGCCUUCCGACACACUGCCGUUGACUAUGUUCAUGCCAUGUCCAUUGCCCAGGGGAAGAAGCGGCAUGAGGUAGUUGGUGCUUUGCUGUCGUACCUGAAUGCUUACAGCACCUUCUACCACCAAGGAACUGAUCUAUUUAAAGACCUGAAGCCUUCCCUGGAGAAGAUUAGUCAGGAGGUCAGUAUAAUUAGACAAGAAGUGAUGGAAUUGGACAAGAACAUGGAAAACCGGCACACAGAUGUCACAGACAAAGAUUUGGUGCUGUCUUUGGAUCAGCUGGAUACCUCUCAGCCUGUCACAAUGUUUGGUUACCUAUUUAAAAGAACAACUAAUGCCUUCAAGUCUUGGAAUCGCAGAUACUUCACACUCCAGAAUCACCAGCUUGUGUAUCGCAAACGCUCAGGUAUUCGAAAGUCUAUCAGAAACUCAGGAGGAAGUAAUCUUCUCAAUAGUGGUUUGACAAGAUCAAAUGAAGCAGGUGAGGAAGUGACAGUGAUGGAAGAGGAUUUGCGCCUGUGCACUGUUAAGCCAGCUGUUGAGGUGGAUCGCAGGUUUUGUUUUGAAGUUGUUUCUCCUAUGAAAUGCCACAUGCUUCAGGCUGAGAGUGAGGAAAGUUACAACUCAUGGAUAAGUGCCUUACAGCGAGGUAUUGGUCAAGCUCUGCAGUCAGGCUCUCGUGAAAACAGCUACACAAAUAUGAAUGAGAAUUACAAUUCUUCUCCAAAUCUUCAAAAGGGACCAGCAGCACCUCUUACCCCAGGAGACUCCUCCAACAACCCUUCUCCAGUUACUACACCACAAGCCGCUUCAGGACACAAGGCUCACUUGUGGCAAGAGUUAAUGAGUAUUCCAGGAAAUGACAGAUGUUGUGAUUGUGGUGCCAGCAGUCCACGAUGGGCCUCAAUAAAUUUAGGAAUUACAUUGUGCAUUGAGUGCUCUGGGAUUCACCGAAGCUUAGGAGUGCAUUAUUCUAAGGUGCGCUCGUUGACAUUGGAUGCCUGGGAGCCUGAGAUGGUGAAAGUGAUGCAUGACCUUGGGAACUCUGUCAUCAACAGCAUUUAUCUGGGUACAUAUGUAGAUGGGGAGACCUCAGGACCUCCUAUGGCUAAACCUGACAGCCAAAGGUCUGUUAGAGAAGAGUGGGUCAAGGUUAAAUAUGUUGAGCAACGGUUUGUGAAACCUUUGCCAAAGGUACCGAAUGAAGCCCUUUGUUCUACACCCGAUUCUCAAGAGAAUUUCCAACCUGCAAGGAGCUGGGGUAUUCCACGUAGGCGACUGCGCUCACGGAUGAAAAGGGCAUCAGUGUCAGAUAGUGGCAGUCAAGAUGCAUCACUCAGUAGUUUAGGAAACACCCAGGAUCAAGAGGUAUCUCACUCGGAAGCAACUAAUGUGUCCCAUGAGGCUGCCUCGUCUUUGGCAGAUGUACUGUUGUUGGACAUUGACCUCCCCUGCUCCACUAGAGGCUCACAAGAGUCCUUAGGAGCAAGUGAUGACAACUCAACUGAAGAUGAAAAUCCAACAAUUACAGAGGAACCACUAUCAAACUUAACUCCAAACUUGAUUCUGUAUCGUGCAAGUGAAGCUCACAACUUGGCUAUGAUAAGCCACAGCUUUGCACUGGGAGCUAACAAGAACUGGCAUAAUCCAGAUGACAAUGGGCAGACUCCACUUCACCAGGCAAUAGCUAGUAAUUCCAUAAGGACUGUACAACAUCUUUUGAUCAAUGGAGCAAAAAUCAAUGAGCAAGACAGCAGUGGACGAACACCUCUACAUCUUGCUGCACUCAAGUCAAACAUUGGACAGGUGUGCCUAUUGCUGAAGCACAGAGUGGACCUAAAUAUAGAAGAUAAUGACGGGCAGAAAGCCAUUGAUCUGGCUGUUAGAAGCAAUGAGCCAGAUGUAGUAACUCUUCUGAGGGUGGCCAGUCUGAGUGAGGACAUUGACUGUGAUGGAGAGAACAACAGCAUGCUCACAGACUUCCUGAGGGACUUCCAGGAGAAGAUGGUUAAGCAGGUUCAAAACAGGUCUCUACAAAAUGAUGAAUGAUUUAAUGAAUCAGUAUUACUUUAGCAAUUAUGGAUGCUUGUACAUGUGUCUCAGAAUUCAUAGAAAUAUGUAUAAGCAUCACUGUCAGUUGGAUUUUAGUAACACCUCUCGGUAUGCAUGCAAGUAUUUGUCUUGAUUAUUCCUAAUGUGCUGGAUGUAAAAUUUUGAAGUAUGAUUCCUACAGAUUAUUUUUCCUCUUCUGUCAGGAAUCAAACAUUCAGUUAUAUUUACUAUCUGGUAAUUCUCAUACUCAAAGAAGGUUGCAAUUAGUCACUUGAAGAUUAUUUUGUUUGGUUACCUGUUUAUGUUUGUUUCCUGAUUUGAAAAUUUAUUUGAUUUUUUUUAUGUGUGUGUGUGUGUGUGUGUGUGUGUGUGUACUUAAAUCUGCACAUGUACAUAUGCUUGUGUGCGUGUAUACUAUUACAACAGACCAUUUAUUUUCUCUAGCAGAAAUGAGUGACAAAUUUGGUGACCAUAAAGGAAAAAAAUUUUAGAAGCCUUUGAAAUCGAAGUGAGUAACCUUUACUUAGAUGAAGUCUGGUGAUUGUGAUGCAAAUCUAUGUACUUUAAACUUCAGUCAGUAACUGAAGCACUGAAUUAAAUGCAACCAUUUUUAUUGCACCUAGAUGAUAUUGAACUUUGAAAUACAGUUCAUCCAAGUCUAACGCGGAUUUAUGAGUCCCCACCACCACCGCAUUAGAAAAAUUUCACAUUACAGGGACUAGUGAACCUUUGUUUUCUUUCUCCCCUUACCCAAAGUCCUUUCUUUCCCCCCUUACCCCUAAAUACCCUUGUGUAGGGAAAUAAAAGAAAUAGAAAUACACACUGGUGGCAUUUAUGAAGUUGAAAAAACACAAAGUAAGCAUUGUGGAAGUUGAAAUAAAAAUAUUUGUCUUAAGAGAGGAGAAAUGCAUGCACACGAAGCCUGAGAGAGUUGUGGAGGGGAGAAACUGGAUUAAAAACCUUCGAAGUUCAGUGAACUCACAGCCCCUCUCACAUCCUCAUCAAUGUUCUCCAUCACCUCCUCCUCUUGCUGCUGUAGGAUGUCUUCCUUUUGAUGUGAAGCUGCUGCUUGCCUGGUAAAGUAGCAGGUGAUUAGUGCCUGUCUGCCUUGGUUAAGUUUGUCUGAAUGCAUACAAUUGUAGAUUGUUACUGCUUCUACCAGCUGCCUCAUCACAUCAGUUCCUCAUUGGGAAGGGUCUGCAUCUGUGAUUGACUCCUUCAUGCACUUCAUGUGACUCAGGAUAUGACUGAAGUGUGUUGUGGGUUAAUCAGGUCUUGUCCUCCUCUCCUCCUCCUGAUGUUCUUGUUCUUCUUCCUCCCUGUGUCACUGAUUGACUUGUUCCAAAAUGGUGUUAACAGAAAUAUUGUCUGUGGCUUCAGCAACCUCAAUCACCUCCUCCACUGCCACGUCACUACAUCCAGGCAGGGCUCGGGCAGCAAUAGAAGCGGCCAGGUGAAUCUUGUAGACACGGUCCUCCCGUUCCUUAUAUAAAUCAGGUGCAAGACGCCUCCAUGAGUGGUUGAUUGUGUCAAUGCUUACUUCAUCUCAAGCAGCCAGGAGUUUGUUUACUGUGUGCCUGAUGUUGUGCAACCUCCAAAACCUGGCAACAGACACAACUGCCUCGGAAACUACUUCAGGCUGGGCAGGGUUGAUGGAGGUGGUGGUAGUGGGGGGUGAGGUGGCGGUGACAGCUAUAUCGUCUCCUUCACUCUCCUCUGAGAUGCCACCCUUCUCCUCCAAACAUUUCACCUCUUCCUCUGUAUCUAGCCUGCAGAAGUUGUUGAUAACAGCAGCACUGGUAAAACAUUUUGAUAUAGCAAAUUACCUCUUGGUCCAGUGGCUGUAGGAGUGAGGUGGUGUUUAGGGAGAGAAAUUCCAUCUUAACACACUUGUGCCUCCCAGUGAGGAACUGAGGGUGUGAUGGUGCGUUGUCUAGGAGCAGCAGCACUUUGAAGGUGAGGCCGAGUCUCCUGCAAUGACGCUGAGCAUCAAGUAUGAAGCAGGUGUCAAACUAGUCGAUUACAAUAUGACUGGUCAUCCAAGCCUCCAGUGCCAUCCACCAGUAAACACCAGUGCUGUCCAUGUCUUUCACGUGGUGGAAAGCUUGCAAUUUGGCUGCCUGGUGGACCAACAGGGGCUUCAUCUUGCAGGUUCCAUCAAGAUUGCAGCAGAAUAACGCCGUGAACCUGCUCUUGUCUUGCUUCCUGCCUCUUACCUGUGCCAUCACCCUGGAUACAUAGGUUGAUUUAGGCAUCAAUAUUCAUUGUAUGCCUGUCUCAUCCAUGUUGAAAAUUUGCUCAGGAGUGAGAUUACCCUCCUCAACAGCCUCCCUAAAUAUGUCAGGGUAUUUCUCAGCCUCCACUUCAUCGGCAGUUGCCUGUUUCCCUGUGAACCUGAUGUUCUUAAAUUGCUUCCUCCUUUCAAAAGAUGACAGCCAGCCAAUUGAUGUAGUGAAUUUCAUCUGUCAGGUUGAAGGGUACUUCUCAGAUGUGACUUUGAAGAAUUUCAUUGCCUGCUGCCGAAUUGCCAUGGUUGACAAAGCUACUUUAUUCCUCUCUUUUCUCCGGAUAUAUUCUUCUAGCAACUGUUCCAUAACAAUGAAAGCCUUGGUAGUGAUCAGUGACCACGUUUCCACCUUGGAGGAACCAAAUGCCUUGAGACAAGCAAGGAUUUCUUUACGCUGGGAGUAGAUAGUGCAUAUUGUAGACUUGUUCAGGGAUUAGGCAAAUGCAGACUUCUUAUCUCCUGCUAUGAUCCUCUUUAUCACAACUCUCUUCUGUAGCAGAGCCAAAUGGAAUCUCUUAUUCGUGGGCUUAACUCCACUGGGCCCAGGUAGAGGGGAGUCACCCGUGGUGGAGAGCGGUCACAGAAAAUAGCUUGGGGUGCCACACAAGAGUUGGGGUUCUGAUUGGUUAUUGGCUGAGGGAGUAAGACUUCAAAUGUGAUUGGUGUUCAGCCUGAUGAUGUUGCAUUACCAGAGAUCUCAAACAUAAGUUAGCUGUGCACUGCAUGCCCAGUUCCAGAAAUUCUCGUUACAAAUUUUUUUCUGCGAUCGUUAGAAUUCUCUUGCGUGAGUUAAUACCACGUUAGAUGAACUUCGUGAUACAAUAAACUGCGUAAGACGAGGAUACGCUGUACAGCAAUAGUUUCCAUAACAUCUAUGAAAUUUGAUAAUGAAUUCUAAAGCAUCAUCUAAGUUUGUGGAAGUCAUGUCACACCUUCAUUAUAGUUGCAGCACACGAGUCUGAGGUGUGUAUUGUCAUGCUCUGGCAACAUGCUGUCACACAGCAUGCCCGAAUUUGUGGAUGUAUAUGCUAGCCUAUACAUAGGGAACAGCUGUCAGUAUCAAUACUGUGUAGGCAGCAAUGAUUAAUACCAUCAGUUAUAGUUGCUUUUGAGUUGCAGAUUAUCAAUACUGAUGCCGACAGCAGUUUUAUUCAUUUAUAAGGUUGCCGAUUAUAAUUGUUAAUAGCACUGGCGCUGCCCUCUGCCAAGAAUAGUAGACGACUUUAAUAAUACAUAAUACUUAUUAUUAAUUAUUACUAUUAUUAAUUAUUAUUAUUAUUAUUAUUAUUAUUAUUAUUAUUAUUAUUAUUAUUAUUACCAUCAUCAUCAUCAUGUAUUGUUAAAGCCUUCUAGUUCUCAGUUGAAGGCAGUGCCAGGACUGUUUAGUUAUUAUAAUCAGCGACCAUAUAGAUUAACAAAACAGGUGUCCGUGACAGUAUUAAUAAAUUGAAACUCAAAAUUGACUUUGAUUGAUGGUAUUCAUCAUUGUUAUGUACAUAGUAUUGAUACUGACAGCUAUUCAUGUGUAGGCUAUCAUAAAGUGUUCAUGAAUUCAGAGAAGUUGUGUGACAUCCGACAUGAUAAUACACACCUUAGACUGGUGCGCCAUGACUUAAGUUCAUUCUCUAUUUUUCUUACAUUAACAAAUGUAAUAUUAUAAGUGAAGCUUAUAUCUAACUACAUAAUCAGAAAUAUGAAAAAGUGAAAGAUUCAAGGUCUAUCCUAAAUGGUGUUACAGUCAAGACUAAGAUAAAGUAACUUGAUUGUUUUUUGUUGCCAGAUGAUAGUUGUUCGUUAAAUUGGUUGGGUUUUGCAAUGUGCUGUGCCUUAUCUCUUAAAAACAGAUCAAGUAAAAUUAUAAAUUAUGACUCAUAAUUCCAUGAAACUUAAAUAUUGUUUAACACAAAUGAUCAAGAGCAACCCAAAAUUUGUAUACUGAUCUUAUUUAAUCGUUUACUCUCAGCAAAAGUAAAGAAUAAUGUGGUCCAUUGUCCAUCACAAUUGCUGCUUAGUAAGCAAGGUAUGUAUCGUAAUAUACUGCUGAAAUACCAUAAUAGAGUACCCAAACAGUUUCAAGUUCUUGAGGAUAAAGUAUAAUAUUCAGUUUGAAUCCUUUAGUAAUUUUUUUACCACUCAGUAUGCUAAUUGUUACAAGCAUUACAGUUAUUAUAUUGAUGAACUGACAAGAUUCCUAGUACUGUGUUGUAAACUGAGAAGACUUGGCUCUAUGUUGUCAUUAUCUUCCAAAAUCUACAGUAGGAUCUUGCAAAUAAUGUCUAAUUGGUGCCUGAAAGAUGCCAAUAUUGGUGAAAAUACUAUUUACAAGAUAUUGAAAUACAUAAAAAGGUUUGAUUUUAGUGCCACCCCGGAACUCUCACCCACUUUUCAUUUGAAGCCCUCCUAUCACUACAUUUCUUUUAGCCGAGAUGAUAAGAAUCCUAGACGAGUCAACAUGAGAAAUAUUCAAUUCACUUUAAAGGAAUUACUGGGAUGUAUGGUGUGAUGGUUCUUUAGAGGCAUACACUUGGAGAAUUCUGCAGUGUACCACUUGCCCCAUUCACAUGCUGGCCCCUCAUGCCUGCCUCACCCACUUCUAUCAGCACAUCAUCAAAUCUGUCAAAGCCUACCCUCACAAUUAUUGGUAGGCAAAACUACCACACAACAGUACACACACUAUUUCAAACCACAGAGCACAAGAAUUUCUGAGCUAGUGAGUGACCUGGCUGUGACCAAAUAUAAAGAGAUAAUAAUGCAUACAGCAAGUGUUGUCUGUGAUUGCCAACCCACAUAAACACAGCAUUGCAGUAAUGGUCAUUAUCAUAAAAUAAUGUUCAGGAGUUCUCACAUUCUGUGGAUUUAAGUGAUGUGCAUACUUUUUUCUGAUAUUUUUGUAUCUAUAGCCAAAGGUGUAAAGUUGUAUGGGUUAGCUUGGACCAGUUUGAUGAUGUGCUGAUAAUGUGCUGACGAAAGUAGGUGAAGCAGGUGAGAGGAGCUAGGAUGGGGACUAGGCUAUCGAUUGGUAUGCUGCAGUAACUUUUAUGUGCAAGUCUCAGAACAAUUAUCACACCAAACACCUCAUUAACUUCUUUAAGGUGAUUUCUAUACUAACUCGUGUUGAUCAAAUAACCAUUCCUAUCACUGCAGUAAAAGAAGUGGUGAUGGAGUGGUUCAACCGGGAAAAAAUGAGUGGAAGUCCCGGGGUGACAGCACCAAUAAAAAUAACCCUGUACGCAUGUAUCCUUGGCCUCGGCCAAGGUGCAUCUGAUGACUAUGUCAUCAAGAUGGCGCCAAACAAAUGCUAUCUAAGAUGCUUUCAGAAGCUGCCUUCCAGCCAAAAAUCUAUUAUUUGAAAGACUUCAAAUAUAUUGUUGUGGAAUUUUUUUUUAUCUAUUUUAAGUUGCCAUUACUGUAAAAAAAAGUUAUUUUGCAAAUAGUUACUAGAGAUCCUACUGUAUGUGAAAAUCUAUUGAUGGAGACUAAGUGAUUGUGAUGUAAAUUAUUAUGUAAUUUUUUUUACAACCAUUGAAAGCUAUUUGUGGAGGUGUUUAACCUUGGCCUAAAUAUGUAUAAAUUAUAUUGACUUUUGUGGUGUCUUGUGUCACUCAUAUUUUGCCCUUUAUUUAGCAAACAGUGAAUUCUGUCAUACUAUUAGCAAAAAUGUAAUCACAAAUUUUGAAAACAAAAGGUUAGCUUAUAAACAAAGAUAAUUACUGGAUAGUUUCAAAUAUUCAGCAUUUGAGUAACUAAUCCUCCUAGAUAUGCAGCUCCUACUCCAUGUUUUGAGGAAGAACAGCUGCAAGUAACCAAUACAUUAUCUUUCCUAAAAUCUGCAUGCUUACUCAUAGCCAGUGGUGGACAAGCCCUUCAGGCAUUUGGACAAUACCCACUGGGCAGGUGCAUUCACUUGCUAAUAUGCUGGUAUGAGGGCUGACUGUAACUACAGGCUAGUCUUGCAAUUCCUGCCCAGUAAAGACACCACUUUAUAUAGCCAUACAAUAGGAGAGUUUGGCCAACUUCAUCACAGGUGCCAUGUUGUUACCAAAAACCGUGCAAAAUUGAAACUGAUGCUUGUACAAUAAUGUUUUUUGUGGUCUUUGUACUUCUACGAGACCCUGACCAUACCUAGAGCACAAAAACAAACAAUAGUAUCAGCAUCAAUUUGAAGUUUGUGUGGCUCUUUUGGUAAAACCAUGGUGCCUGUGAUCAAGUUAGCCAAACUCUUAUACGUAUUCCAUGGCUCUGCCAUUAUUAAAAAAACUGUGUUUCACUGUACCAAUACGAACCACAGGAACUUGCAGUUAUUGUUGUUUAUGGCUUAUUAUUAUAUGCAUAAACUGUAGUUUUAGCCUAUCUAAUGAGACAUUGGUUCUCUAUUGCUGCUAAAUAUAGUGACUUAUCCAACUCUAAAGCUUAUUGCAACUUCGCUCCCACUACUUGUGAAUAUCGCUCAGCCUGUUGGUAAAUAUCUCCUAAAAGCUCCUCCCAAUUGUGAGUGAUGUAGGCAAGCCUAAGAGGAUGUUUGUGAGUUACCAUUAGUACUUGGAUAUAUAUUGCUCCUGGAAUGCUCAAUGUUGUGACAUUCACAGCAGACUGUGAAAUUAACGAUCUCCACGCAGUUUCCAAUCAAAAAGGUUAACUAUAGAUUAGAGUUACAAUGCCUCAUGGCAGUAAGUCUCAAAAUUAACUCACCAGUUUUGUCUUAUCCCAAAUCACCUGUUUCAUCUAUCAUGUUUUUUGGUAUUAAGCGCAAAGUGCUAUGUGAUGAAUAGAAAUCCACCCAAAUUUAAUCCACCUUGCCAAAGAUUCAAACACAAAAUUUCAAAUAUGAUUAAAGCAUACUAUCACUACGCAACUAGGCUCCCUUUAAAGUAUGUGAUAAAUUACUCAGUUAUGUCCUCAUCUGACUGCUAUUUUGUGUUAUUAGAUGAGAGCUAUCUGACUUUGGGGCAUAAAAAGGGAUAUUUAGUCAGAUAGCAGAUAUGCAUUUGAAUGUACUCCACUACAGCAGAAUCUCUUGACAGAUAGAUCUGGUCAGAAAGAUGCUAGAAACUGAAUGGCCUUUCGUGUGUGUGAGGGUGACUGCAAAUGAUUAUAAUUACUCUGGACUUGUGUAAUUAUAGCUGAGUGAAGUCAUAGUGUUAGAUAUAACUUUUCCUUGCUUGCCUAAUAGUCUAAGUUAUAUAAUACAGCAUAGUUAUUUUAUAUAAAAAAAAUCAGUGAUAUAAAUUGCAUUUAUAGAAUUAGACACCAUACUCAUAGUUAUAGCUUUCAUGCACUGUGAUUCUUAUUGAUAAAUCUUGAUGAGAAUUUGGUGACUGCUACAAACAGAGGCUUCACCAGAAAACCAGAAAGUAUAUGGAAAUGGAUUUUCCAUGCCUACACUAAUAUAUAGACCUUGGUAUUAACCCUUUCACUACGGCUGGGCCAAAACAGCACCCCGCGCCGUAUCCGAGAUUGCCGCGUGCGCCAAAUUUCAAAUGUCGCUAUUGAAUAAAACAUGUUUUCAGCCAUAAACUCAACAUAAUCAUCAUGUAUUAUAUAUGAAAACAUGCAGAAUUAAAUGGUGCACAUAAAGAAACAAGUUAAUUGAUAAUUUUGAGAUGUAAGCAUAAAUAUAAAGAGAUGAAAUAACUCGUAUACUGGCUAAAGCGAGCCAGGACGCAGUAUGCGCGUCCUCGGAUAUGGUACAGCGCACGUAAGGAUGCAGUAUACGAGUCCUCGUGUUGAAGGGGUUAAGGAUAACCACACCAUCAGUGGCAAACAAAAACUAAAUACUGAGGCUUUGUAUCAUUUACAUAUUCAGUUAAUUUUAAGUCUAUAUAAAUCUCAUAAUGUCCUCCUUUUGUGUUGAAUUUAAGAACAGAAAAAUCUUAACAUUUCCAUUUUCUUCCAUUCUACCAUGUUUUGAAGGUCAUUUAUACAAUACUUUUUACCUAUUUUUUGCUUGAACAAAAGCACAUUAUGACAUUUAUGGAUAUAGUUGCAUUACUGAUUUAUUUUCUUCCUGACUUCAUCACUAAAAUAAAGAUUUAUGCAGGAACAUCUCAUUAGAAAUACAAAGGCCUGCUGCCAUCUCUUUAUAAGUUGUUAACAUUUUGCAAGUGAAUCAUUUACUUCUUGCUUUCUAUUCUAAAACUAGUACUUAUCUACUUGCAUAUAUCUACUUGUGCUGGCCACACCCAGAAUUACCUAAUGUUAUAAUUAUUUUGAUAUGAUGGUGUUACAUGUGAAUAAUGUGGUUUAUUUGAUAUCAACAAUAGUGACAUGGGGAAAUGUCUGGAGCAAUAUUUCUAAAACUAGCUCCCCCCCAAAAAAAAGUGUGAUUCUGCAAAGAACCAAAUUCAUGGGGUUGGAUGUUAAUGCUCCAAUAUAUUUAAAAUUAUGAAAUAUGAUUCAAAACAGAAACAGGUAAAAUAUAAAAUGCCCUAAGAGUGUAGCAAUAUUGUCUAUUCAUACAAUACUGAAAGCAUAUUGAACACAUACUCUAUCUGAAAAUUGAAUCUAAGAAUUUAAUUAUGGAUGCUGCUAACAUUAAGAAAAAUAAUUGUGCUUGAUGCUAAGUCAGUAAUUUCAGGAUUAAGAUGAGUGUUUGGGAAUUAUUUUAAGAGUCUCUGAUGCUAAAUUCCACCUUUAGUGCAUCAUGCAUCAUAUCAAUGAGUGGAGUGAGGCAAGGAGGGAGUGUAUGAAUAGAGAAAGAUGGAAACUCUUCUGCCGUGGCCAUCCCCUGGUGGGAGCUCCUAGGAGCAGUUGUUGAUGAGAUAAUGAUCUAAAUUUUAAUCUCAUAAUAUAAAACGAUAAGAGUACCUGAUAAUACAACUAUCUAUUCCUUUUGGGAAAGUAAAGGUUCUGUAUUGCAAGGACAAUGUACCAAGCUACUUUCGUUGGAAAGGCACAAUUAUCAUUUUCUUUUGCAAGACUUGUGUCAGAACUUGCUUUAACCUGGAAAUUGAUAUGAUGUGAUGUGAAGGAUGAUGGACAAGGGUAAUGUCCCUUUCCUCCAGGAAAAGUGGUAAUGAUCUCUUAUAUAAAAAAAAAAGUGCCACCUAAGUGUUAUUACAAAAUAGGUUUAUAAGAGUUAUACAUAUUACAGUAUCUCAGCCUGACGGAAAAUUAUUAAAACCUUGAAAAAUGGUAUUAGUAUAAUAAUGCUGACUACGAUCUAGAAAAUACAAUUAUACAAGUGUUCCCUGGAGGAACACUUUGAGCCUGAUGCUUUCUUCACUAUUUAUCUCUGAAUGUCUGGAACAUAUAAUUAACAUUUGAUAAAUGUAGCUGCUUGUGCCUUCCGAGUUACCUAUUUUCAUAACGUUAAUUUGUUGAAAGUUUUACACUUGUGAACCGGCUGUAAAUUUCUAAUUUCUGGUUUUAAAAGAACUAAUGUACUGUGAGUAAUGUUUAAUGUGAUUUGGUCUCACUUUUCAUUUAUAUUUUCUUUCCCACUCCACUUUAUACAUUAGGGUAUGCUACAACGACCUUAAUUUAUCCAGAAUGUCAUUUGUAAGAGCACUUUUUCUACCAUACAUUAAAAUGUGUACUUAAGGGUAAUCAAUUCCAGCCCCACAGCCAAGACCUAAGUUGCCUCAUAACAGAGUAAAAAUGAUUAUUAAUGUGCCCAUCUCAUUUCCUACCUUAUGAACUAUUUUGUUGUCAUUUAUGCUUUUUACCAACCUUGAAACCUUUUUGAAAUUCAUAGUAGACAGUGUAGAGAUGAAAACGACUAUCAAAGAAGCUAUUAAUGUACAAAUCAGUGAGGCCGUGGGCGGUGAUGUAGUCAAAGCGUCUGGCGGCAGCCCAAACCAUUCUUUGGCUCACCACAUCUAAAUUCCAAAAUAAGUGUUCACUCUCAUACAGGAAGAUUUUGACCCUACUCAACCUUCCUUAUACACACUAAGACAGGUGAAUGUAGGGAUUAGGGGAUAUCAGCUCCCCUUGCUCCUUUUUUUAAUUUUCACAUUUCGUCACUUUGGGCUUCUCCGCUGCUUGGGUUUGCAAUCUCAUUUCAAUACUAUUUUCAUAAUUAUUUUCAUCCUUUUGUUGUUUCUACAGUUUUCUAAAAUGUUUGAAGGUUAGGAAAGACAUAUAUGACAAGUAUUUUACCAUCAUGUGUGCCAAAGUGUGCAAUGAGAGGCUAGCUGGAACUCAUUUGGGACAGGGAGGGGGCUUAGAAGCCUAGAAAGGGGGCCUCAUGAAUGUGGGGAGGGACAAGCAGGGAAAGAGGAGAAUAAGCUGCUAAGCUUAGAAAUUCUCCAUUGAUUUAGCUAAACCAUGCUCAACACUUAGAUCAUCCAAAAUAUAUCUUCUACUUUCUGACUCGGAAAUUAUUUUCUUAACCCUUUCAUGCACCACGAUGCGAUUCACGUCAAAACGGAAUUGUCUACAUCAUGACUCGAAUUGCGUCAAAAACUUUAAAAAAUUCACCAAAAUAAAGUAUCUUUCAGAAUUGUGGCAAAUGUUUUUGUGUCAUAGAUCCAAGCUAGACCUAUAAAAUAAACUAAUUGUCAACUCUUUCGUGCCAUUGGCUUUGAAGUGAUAAUUGCCCGUGGUUUAGUUGCCUGUGAGCGUGACUCGUCCCUUUAAAUUUUUUUUUUCAGAGUCAGUAAACUUCGUUAUUUAUUUCCAUUUCUUGAUCAUUUUUCUCCUUCAUAAGGCAGAAAACAAAUGAUAUAUAAUAAUGCCAGGAAAAAAGAAUACUCGUGGGUGAAAUCGAUAACAUAAAAAUUUUCGCCGCACGGUCAGGCCAUUCCGUGAGGCCCCCUAGGGAGCCCCAGACAGUUGUCGCAGUGGAAAGAGAAACUUAUUAAACUUUUGGUGCGUGAAAGGGUUAAUUUCUACGAUAACUUUCUCACUUCAUUUUGCUGACUCAUGGCUAAAAUUAUACUGCACAAUAAGAGGUAAAAUUAAGUUUUCACUGCUAACUAAAGGUGAAUAUAUGCAUACACGUAACUGCAUCACUAAACCUCAGAAACAUAUGAAAAACACGACGCCAACACUCCAUGGACUAAAGGAGUCCUGCAACAGAUAUUCCUUCACGUUCAUUGCAGCAUCUUGAUUUCAUUAAAAAAAGAUGUUCAAUAUAGCAUAAUCUGUAGCAAUGUUUGUUCAUCGUAGCAUACCCUACAGUAUAUCAUACUUACAUUUUUACAUCUCAAUCACAGGAUACGUAUUGCAGAAACACAAGAUAUAUUAUCAAGUAUUUAUACAUGGGAAAAAGAAAUUUAGCCAAAAAUGCAGGAAGUGGUGAGGUUGUGAUAAUGGAAAUUAUUUACAAAGCAUAUCAGCGAGCAGUAUCUGCUGUUUUGGAUGCUCAUUAUUUCUAAAAUUGUUUUUAUAAAAAGUGGCUGAAAACACACACACACACACACACACGCACACACACACACACACACGCACGCACGCACGCACGCACACACACACACACACACACACACACACACACACACACACACACGCACGCACGCACGCACGCACGCACGCACACACGCACACACACACACGGAAGCAACUAUCAAGGAUACCUCGGUGAUGAAUGACAACACUGAAAAAAGCUUGACGAUGGAAUGCCUGAGUGUGCCAACAACAAGCAUUAUAUGAACCACAAAUUCAUGGGCCAGUAUCAACUUUAAUUACAGUGAUAAAGAAGAGAGAAGGAUACUGAUGAAACUUGAGAUUUGAGCAGUAACAUAGUAGUGCUGUAGCACAUAUACUGCUAAUAAAGAAAAUAGCCACCAUGGAGGCAGUUUACUGUUUCUUUCCCUCAUGACUUUACUGAGCGCUCCAAAAUAAUGAAAAUCUGUCUUUAGAAGUUGUAAACCUGUAAUCUGAACUGCUUUGUGAAAACAAGAAACCUGCAGCAUGAAUAACUUAACACUAGAUGAUCUAGUAUUAAUUCAUACUUUAAUUACUAUUAUCAUUAAUAUUAUUAUUAUUAUUACUAUUAUUAUUCUCUUUGUGAUUGUAAUAAUUGUCAUUGUUGUUCUAUUCUCUCAUUAUUUUAUGAUAGUUAUUUAACUUGGUGAUUAUUACUAUAAUAUAAAAUUUAUCAAUUGUGUAUUUAGAGUGGUACAGUUUACAGAAAAUGUUUUACUCUAAUUUAAAAUGUGUAUUCACAAAAAUAACUAGACAAAAAGUAUUGUAAAAGCUCGAUUUAGCAGAAUACUAUUUAUCGGAAAACUUGAUUUUGUGGAAAAUUUUCAUUAAACCAUAGCUGUGCAAUUAAGUGGAAAAUUUUGCUGAAUCAAGAGAGCUUCUGCUAACCACUGCCACCGGGCUCCAGUUGUAGCAUCAGUCUGUUAUUUUUUGGUUCUAGACCUCCUGCAUGCUCCACUGUUUUCAUUGCUUUUUUGUGUGUUGUACACAUAAGUUCCAUACCUUUACUACUACUACUACUAAUUACUACUACUAUUACCACCACUAUACUACUACUACUAUUACUACUACUACAACUAUGAAACAUGUUACUCUAUGACCUUUAUUUCCAAUAAAAACAACAUACAAGAACAGGGGGGGGGCACAGGGCAGUGUUAACCCUUUCCAUCCGUGACUCAGACGUUGGCAUCACAGUAUGGAAUGGGUCGAGAGGAAAUGGAAGAGGAUUAAUCCUUUUCUAAACCUCUCAAUCCUCCUCUAAAUUCCUCUUAAUCCUCUUCCAUUUUCUCUUCAGAGGUUUAGAAGAGGAUUAAGAGGUUUAGAAGAGGACUAACUUUCCAUACGGUGACGCUGUCGGACGCCCGUCGGACGCCGACAUCGGCGUCGCCGGAGUGAAGGGGUUAAGAGGGAUGUGGUGGUCAAAAAUGCAUUCUUUUGAUUUGGUGUAAAAUUCAAUUUUGUGAACUGGUGCUUGGCCUAAAUCGAGCUUCUACAGUUUGCAUAUAUAUAUAUAUAUAUAUAUAUAUCUAUAUAUAUAUAUAUAUAUAUAUAUAUAUAUAUAUAUAUAUAUAUAUAUAUAUAUAUAUAUAUAUAUAUAUAAUUAAACGUUAAGUUUCCUCUCAGUGGCAAGUGUAUGUUUCAUGUUUUAAUGAUAAAAAGUGAGAAACUCCAGUGCCCUAUAGCCUUUAGUUUAUACGAAGUAAAACACACACACACACACGCACGCACACACACACACACACACACACACACACACACACACACACACACACACACACACACACUAGUGCCAGUAUCAUUACCAUUUUAAGAAAACAAUUUCUGAAUAGUUUUAUAGUACAGUUUUUCAAAAUUUUAUAUUGUUUGUAUAGUUUGUAAUAACUUUGUUGCCAUAAGCAUAUUUAUACAACCUUAAAAUGUAUAUAAUAUUUUAAAAAUCAAAUUUUACUUUAUUAUUUUUGACAGUCUUAGCAGUGUUUUAUCAUCAAACUUAAUAGGUAUCUUAAUUAAGAGGUAUGUGUUAAGAUCAACUUAAUGUUCUGCUUUACAAAGUGUAGCAGCUCAACCUUAAUGAAUCAGCCAGGUAUAAUUGUAUAUGGUAGAACAGAAAGAAAAAAAUCACUCAUAUUGAAUAAUAUGCCUUAUUUCCACCUCACUGAAUUCAUAUCCAAUAUGAAAUUAGCAAAGUGACCUUAUCUGUUUUUUUAAGCAUCUCAAUGCCUUCAAUCCCUUCUUACUGUUGUAAUUCCACUGCUAUUCUCACAUGUUCCUACAGGGAGAGAGCAUUACUAUACAUUCACUAAUUGAACAGUUGCUCUUAGAAAACUAAUACUGUAUGCUGUGCUCAAUGGUGUUUUUGCUUCAUCUCACUGGGCUGAGUUCCAUCAAACACCAAAGAUAUACUAUAGUAAGUAGGCAAAUAAUUAUAUUAUAUAGUUUUAGGCUGUGGUGAACACUUACAGAAACACACAAAAAACUUGUAAAAUAGCUUAGCCUAUUUUCUGUACAUUUCCUUUCUAUGUAAUGGUUGUUUUAAUUAUGAAAUGGUGUCAUGUAUAGCUUCUUUAAACUCAUUCUGUAUUACAAUUUCUACUUGAAACUCAUGCUAUUUUUGAUGUCUUAUCAUUUAUGUAGGCAUGUUAUUGUACAUGUGGAAAAAAUAUAUACGAAACAGUAUUUCCUA